AUGGCGGAUUCACCUCGAAAUCCGUUUAAUUCUCGAUCGCAAUUGCCCAGGUUUUUAGCAACAGCUCCCAAAAAACCAUCUUCUAUUCCUGCCCCCAAAAAACCAAUUUCUGAAAAGGAUUCUGCCCGUGUCCAAUCACUUGAAUUUGCUCUAGAGAACGCAAAAAAUGAUUUGAAACAAAAAGAAAUUGAAAGUGAUCGAGAACGCAAUGACUUACUCGCGAAACUAACGGAAGAGCGCGAACAAUCCAAAGCCCUUCAAAUUCGCCUCUCUUUAAUAGAGAAACAAGACUCUGAACGAGAGGCUAAUAAUCAUGAAGUCGUUGAGAGACUCAGAUCUGAAAAUGGGUCACUUGUCCUAGAACUUUCAAAAGUCAAGUCUGAUUCUACCCAGGAAACUUCUUCACUCAGAACUGAAUUAGAGAAAACACAGCAAGAAUUAAGCGGAAAAAACUUAAAACUUGAAGAUUUCCAACAGAGGAACAAACUUCUUGAAGAGAACGCGUCUCAAUUAGAGAGUCGUAACACUUCUUUGCAAGAUCAACUAGACAUAAAGCUUAAUGAACUCCUGGAUAAAGAGCAACAAAUACAAAAUCUUACCAACGAAAUAGAAAAACUCAAAGAGUCUGUCGAUCAAGUUUCUGAUUCUUUGGUGUUGAAAGAUACUAACCAAAAGCUACUUGAACGAGUUUCCGAAUUGGAAAAGCUUCAGGAAAAACACCUGUCUAUAAUUGAAAGAUUUAGCACAAACUCGAGAAAUGUUGAAAUUUUAAAUGAAGAAAAAGCUGAUCUCGAGGCUAAGCUAUACCAAUACGAAGACUACAAAGAGAAGGUCGCUACCCUGAGCGUUGAUCUCGAAAAAAGUCAAUCAGAAUUGAAUACAUGGAGAAAAACAUUUACGGAUAUAGAUGUUCCAGAGCUUGCUGCAGAGAAAUUCAAGACUGUGCAGUCUGAAAAUAAGGCCCUGACCGAGCGCGUCUCGGACCUCACACAACAGCUACUCCAAGAAAGGGAUCAGGGGCCUCCAAUGGUCGUAGAAUUGAAUAAGAAGAUUGCAGACUUUAAGAAAGAAAUUUUAGAAAUCAAUGAACAGACUCGUCGACUUCAACGCCAGGUGUUUUUAGCCAAUCAGGAGAUAAAUCUUUUGCGUGCAAACUUGAAAAGCUAUGAUGACGAAGAAGCAGUAAUGAAUAGCGAAAGCUCUAACCAGAAAAAGCUAGAACGAAUUGAGUCGCUCAAUAAGUUAAUUGAUGAAUAUAAAAUCUUGCUUGAGAAUUCAAAGAUAUAUAACAACGGUGCUACAGCAGAAGAUCCUUCGUUGUCUUCAAAACGUCCUCGGGAAGAAGACCAAGAUGAUGUUGGUUACAUAACGGAGUUGUAUCGAGAAAAUCAACAUAUACAAUUACAGCUACAAGAAAAGUUGAAUACUGAAGGAUUCCUAAGAGACCAAAUCAACGGGCUAGAAGUUAUAAUCGCCGAGUUGAGACAAGAAAUUAUACAAAUAUCAGAGCUUAAAUCUUCCAAAGUCCUUCAACAUAGAUCGAAUCCUACGCUUAAACAUGAAAGAGUAAAAGCAGAACAGCUAUACCUUCUUGAAAAAGAGAAUGAGGGUUACAAGAAGAUUUUAGAACAGAAAGCUAUUCAAACAGUACCUAUGGAGUCGCUGGAACUAGCUAAUAGGAGAACCUUGGAACUCAAAAAGGAGCUUUUAGAUCGAGAUAAAAGGAUACAGAGACUGAAAGAGAUCUUUUCUGUGAAAUCUUUGGAAUUCAGAGAGGCAAUUUAUUCGCUAUUUGGGUAUAAAAUAGAGUUUCUGCCUAAUGGAAGUGUACGUGUUACAUCAAUGUAUUCAAACGAAAGCAAUACUGCUUUUGUUUUUGAUGGUGAAACUAGUACAAUGAAAUUGGUGGGAAAACCUUCAAGUCCAGAUUUCGAGCGAUUGGUGAAGUUUUGGUGUGAUGAACAAAAAACAAUCCCUGGAAUGCUAGCAGCUUUGACCUUGGAACUGAUUGAUAAGAAUGACCACUCUACCUUGAAUGAGCAAUAG